GAGCCGGCGAUGAAGAAGAAACAGCAGCAAGCCCAGCAGCAUCCCGGCGGAGGCGGCGGCGGCGGCGGCGCGGAUGCCUGGCCCCAUGGGUCCCCGGCCGGGGGCGCCCCGCCGUGUCUGGGUAGCUGCAAGCGCCGGUUCUCGCAGCUGCCGUUCCUGCGUUUCUCCCUCCGGGACUACGGUUUCUGCAUGGCCACCCUGUUGGUCUUCUGCUUGGGGUCCCUCUUCUAUCAGCUCAGCGGGGGACCCCCGCGCUUCCUGCUCGACCUACGGCAGUAUUUGGGAAAUUCCACUUACUUGGACGACCAUGGACCACCGCCUAGUAAGGUCCUCCCUUUCCCCAGCCAGGUGGUGUACAACCGAGUGGGGAAGUGUGGCAGUCGCACUGUGGUCUUGCUUCUGAGAAUCUUGUCAGAAAAGCAUGGAUUCAAUUUGGUCACGUCGGACAUUCACAACAAAACCAGGCUUACUAAAAACGAACAAAUGGAACUGAUUAAAAAUAUAAGUACUGCCGAACAACCCUAUUUAUUCACUCGACACGUUCAUUUCCUCAACUUCUCAAGGUUUGGAGGAGACCAGCCCGUCUACAUCAACAUCAUUAGAGACCCGGUCAGUCGGUUUUUAUCUAACUAUUUCUUCCGUCGCUUUGGAGACUGGCGAGGAGAACAGAAUCACAUGAUCCGCACCCCCAGCAUGCGGCAGGAGGAACGCUACCUGGACAUCAAUGAGUGCAUCCUGGAAAACUACCCCGAGUGUUCCAACCCCAGAUUGUUUUACAUCAUCCCCUACUUCUGCGGACAGCACCCCAGAUGCAGGGAGCCCGGCGAGUGGGCUCUGGAGCGCGCAAAGUUGAACGUGAAUGAAAACUUCCUGCUCGUGGGAAUUCUCGAAGAGCUGGAGGACGUGCUGCUGUUACUGGAAAGAUUUUUACCUCAUUACUUCAAGGGUGUGCUCAGCAUCUACAAGGACCCAGAGCAUAGGAAACUUGGAAACAUGACUGUGACAGUGAAGAAGACUGUGCCCUCCCCUGAGGCUGUGCAGAUUCUCUACCAGCGGAUGAGAUACGAGUAUGAAUUCUACCACUACGUCAAGGAGCAGUUCCACCUGAUGAAGCGCAAGUUUGGACUGAAGUCUCACGCGAGCAGGGCCCCCCUGAACCCACAGUUCUUCAUUCCCACCCCCCUGGAGACCGAGGAGCCGAUUGAUGACGAGGAACAAGAUGAUGAAAAAUGGCUAGAAGAUAUUUAUAAAAGGUGAUGGCAGCACCCUGUUGCCUCCAUGGCUUGACCCCCCUCCCCCCUCCUUUCCAGAAAGUUCUAUGGGGAAGAAAAAUCCUGAAGGGACUCUUUUAUGUUAAUGCUCGGGUGCAUUAAGAAGAACAAAACAUUCCCACAUGUUGGGGUCAUUGGGAGAUGCCCGGUUUUGCGGGUUUUAUUUGUUUAAUUUUAUUCCGUGUUUUUUUUUUUUCUUGGUUCCAUUGCCCCUUAUAAUGAAUGAGAAGAGGGAAAAAUAUGUCCCACCACCCAAUGGUUUAUCAUUUGUAAAAUAUCUUGUAAGAAUGUUACUCAGUGGUUAAAAAAAAAAAAUCCAGAUUUGUAUCUUCCAGUAGAAACACAAAACCACUUCAGAGAGGAGGGGAUCUGCUCUAGAAGGAUCUAAGAGUUGAAAGAAAACAGAAUCGUACAAGGGAGGGUGCCCCUAGUCAAGUGGUUUCUACCCACAGUGGUAGAAUCCUGCCUCUGACCUGUCUCAGGGGAUACUGGCAGCAAGAAGAGGGUACUUAUUUCUGAAAAGACCAGUUGGCUUGUGGCACCCAGCUCCCCAACCAAUCAGGACCUAGAAUGCCCUGCCGUGGCCAAAGUACAUGGUAAACUCCAUGGGGGCAUUCCCUUUCCAAAUAUCAUCUGACCGACCUCAAAGUAGCAUAGUAAGAAAAAGUAUCAGCAGGACAGAUCAAGUCUGGGUCUCCCGUGGCAUCAGGGAAAGGGCUUAGUCAUGAGCAGACUAGAAAUCGAAGUCGUUCCCUGUGGCAGGAAUUCUAAGCCUGCCUGUAAACUUUGCCUAGUCUGCCAAGUACACCCUUGGCCAACUUGGGCCCUGCGAUAUCUGGCAUCUCUCAUGACUUCUAGUCCUCCAAGAGCCACCUGUGUUUUGUGAUAAGGGGUCCUGAGUCCUUCACAGGCAGCAGCAGAAAUGGUCUCUUCGGCGAAGGCACUUUCUUGCCCCUGACACCCUGUGCAUGGGACAUCAUCAACAGGAGAAGCAGCAAGGUUGCGGAGCACAGCACUCCUUGGCGCGCAUCGUGAGUAGAUGGUUGCCACGGUGUGCUCGGAGUAGCUGUUGAGCAGUGCCCUGUCCCCCACAUAUGUCUUGUCUCUAUCUCCCACCUCCCAGCCUGCCCCCUCCCCACCAUCCGUGAUGCCUUUGUUCCAAUCACUAGAAAUCUAUUCCUUUCAAUAAUAACUCUUUUCACCUUUAAAAAAAAAAAAACCCUAAAAAUGCAUGUUCUCCUGGGUGGAUAAUGUACUGCUAGCUGAAAGGUCUGCAUAGCAGAAAGGAUAUUAUUGGUGACCACUUGUGUCUAUUCUGUAUUCCUCCUCCCCGCCCCAUGCCCCACCAGCCCUUGAAGAGCAUUAGAAACAUAGAUGUUAUAAAAAGGUAAGACUCUGACAACAGAAACCGCAUUUUUCUGCUUUGCAGAAUCCAACAAGUCUCUAGAAUUAUUUUUUUUUUCUGAUUUCUCUAAAACUGGACACUAGCCAAGAUAUAAACCCAGUCAUUUGAAACCUGCCUAGUGCAUGCUACUUUAUCAUGAAACAAAUUAAGACGGCUCCAGCCCAGGGGCACCGAGUGAAAGCAGGGAGCCCAGAGGCACCCAGGGCAGCCGACCAUGGGUGACUUGUGAGCUCCUUUCUAGUUCAGCAGACUGAGCUGAGCAAUCUAGAAAAACCUUUUACACUCCAAAACAGGUACAAGAACCACUGGGCAACAUGUCGUGAGUCAUUUCUUUGUAAUCCUAUGGGAUAAUAAUUAGCUUACACACUGUGUAGGCUCACAGCCUGGGAGCUGUAUGGACUACGUUUUCUUAGCUAGAUCUCAGCAUCGGAGUAACUGGUCACUCAGAAAAUUCACGCUCUUUCUACAUGGUCCCGCAGGCGCCUCUGCCUGUGUGUUCCAAGGCAUUUGUUUUCCUUGGUGAUCACUGUCAGUGAUUUUACCUACAGAGAGCUUUUGUGUUCUUUAGUCCCAACAAACAGCCUCUAUGUCCUAAAGGUCAAGGUAACUUCAUUGGCUUAAUUUGGUACCCAUAACAAUAUUUCUUAAAGGUCCUGGGCCCAACCCAGUUUGUACGUCAUGAAAUAUAUUGUACAUUUUACAUAGUUUAAUUUAAAAAAAAUACAUUUUAACCUAGUUGGUCUUUGACUGCCUUAUUUAUUAUAACCUUUCAGCACAUUCCAAGGUUUCAGUUACUCAGGAAGGAGUUAAUUAAAAUGCUUUUAUUUUGGUCUGAUGGAUGUUUUUUAAAAGGAAAAUUAGUAUUAUGAACCCUCAGCUGACUUUCCUUGAGUGCUGUAAAAAAAAAAAAAAAAGUGCUUGUAAAUCUUUGUUUUUUUUAAAGAAGAAUUUUAAAAAACUGGUGUUUGACAUUGAUGGAAAUUCAAAAGUAUAUAUGGAACUAAAGCAUUAGCUUGGCUAAAAUAAAAGCAAUCUGUGUUGGAGGUGAAGUGUUCUUUAACUUAUUCAUUACCCAUAUAAAUAAAUGAUAUAAAUAAGUUGA